AUGUCCGAGAACAUGGAGAACAAACUGUCCCUUGAGCCAUGCGACGUUAUCACUUUCGAGGGCCCUUUCGUCGGGUCCGUGUGCAAAAAGCUGGUCAUCGGGAAUCCUAGCAAGACCCACAGGAUCGCCUUUAAGAUGAAGACCACUACUCCAAAGCUCUUUUUUGUGCGUCCUAAUAUUGGGGUUUUGGGGCCUGGCGAAAAGGUCAGCUUGGACAUUUACAUGAAUGGAUUCAAAGAGGAGCCGUUGCAGAAGCGUCACAAGUUCCUUCUGUUGGCGGCCGAAGCAGCUGGUGAUAUGUGCGAUAUGCAAGAGUUCUGGAAGCAGCAGAGUCCCGAGAACACCUGGGACACCAAGAUCAGAUGCGAACUAGUCUACCCGAAGGAGGAGCCGUUGCGCCAGGCCGGUGGUGGACCUAAAUCGGCAACAGAAUACAAGGAAAGCGAGGUCACUUUUAAUGACGGGGUCACCGAGCCGAUGGCCAAGUUGCUUAAAAAGCUCAGCAAACUGGACGAUCAACGUCUUGCCCUUAAGGAGGAAAUCGGCACAUUGCGGGACCACUCUAUUGGAUCCGGUUCUGGUCACGAGGUGGAACGUCGUGCAAGCCAAGGGCGCAGUACUUUCUUCUACGUGGUCGCCUUCAUUCUCACCAUCCUUGGCGUCUUCGUUGGCGCCUUCUAUGGCAAGAAUUUUUUGUAAACUUUUUUCGUGACACAUUUUAGGGCCAAGCCAAUGAGUUAAACCAAAAUAAUCAAAAAUUUGUUGUCAAUUAAAAGUAAUCAUAACAUAA